AUGCCAUCCGCAUUUGAUUUAAUUGAUUCAGGCAGUGGUAAUGGUGCACAGAUCGAUGAUACAAAAUAUGCAUCAUCACCAACGUCUUCAUCAUCACCAUCGUCCGUUGGUGGUGGCCCAUUCAGCACAUCAACCGCAUCUCGUAGUGGACCAUUGACAGAUCCAUCAUUUCCAUAUUUUCCACCACCAUUCAAUCCAGCAUUUGCUGCUCAAUUCGAUGUACAUGCCGCUGCUGCCGCAAAUGCCAUUGAACAUUAUCCAACGUUCAAUUAUGGAGCAGUAAAUGGUUCACCAUCGUCAUCUUAUGGAACUCCAUCAGGUAUUCAUCCUCAGCAUUCGACUUCGAGCAGUAUGCCAUUCAAUUCCUCAUCGUAUGAUCCAUAUGCAUCUGCCUAUGCACGUCAUCAUCAAUCGAUUCUUGAUGUUCAUCAUCAGCAAGCAGCAGCAGCAGAACUCUAUUCACGACAUUCUCAACAUCAUCAAACAUCUACUUCUUCAUUAGUUGAUCAUACAGCACGUAUCCUCAAUAAUGGAAAUGAUUUGCAAACGAGUGAUUCGCCUUAUCAUCGAUCGCCUACAACAGAUAGCCGACGCUCCGAUCCAUCUCGAGAUUCGAGUUCGUUUUCAUCAAUGUGUUCUGGCAAUGGAUCACUAUCACCCACAGAUCUUUUCUGUCAAGUACCUGGCCGCUUAGCACUAUUAAGUUCCUCAUCAAAAUAUCAUGUAACUGUCGGAGAGAUUCAACGACGUCUUGGUCCACCAGAAAAUCUCAAUGCAUCAUUACUUGGCGGUGUUUUGAGACGGGCAAAAUCAAAAAAUGGUGGUCGAGAUUUACGGAAUAAAUUAGAAAAGAUUGGUGUUAAUCUUCAAGCAGGUCGUCGUAAAACAUCAACGACUACUCUACUAACCUCUCUUGUCGAAGGAGAAGCACAUCAAUUAGCUGCCGAUUUUCGCACUGUAUGUGAAGCAGAAUUUCCUUUUGAAAUAACUGCCGAUUACAUCGCAAGACAUAAUUCCGAUCCUAAUGAAAUCAGUACACGUCGGAAUAUGAUCUUAGCUGCAAAACAACUAGUUCAAGAAUUUGGUGAUCUACUUAAACAAGAUCGUUCACCCGUUAAUAUUGCAUCAUCAUCAUCAUCUAACGGAAGUUCUUCAAACUCUCGACACACAUCCAGUUCAUCAUUGAUGUCUCAUCAUCGCCUCUCGACGCUUCCACCGACACUUGAUCCAUCCGUUCAACAUUCAUUAUCAAGAUUUUCAUUAAUCACUCAUGGUUUCGGUGCACCUGCUAUCGGCGCCGCCGUCGAUGUUUUCCACACAUUUCUAAGUGAAAUGCUGAAAAAUUACGAAAAGAACUAUCCGAUGUUCAUAGCUACAACGUCGGCGAAGAACGGUUGCAGUGGCAGUGACAUUGAUUAG